CCUACCUACACAGUACACACAAAGCAUACACCAGUAGUUUAUUUCUGCAAAGAAAACGACACCGUUUAUGCUAAUUGCUAAACCCUAAACCUUUUUCAUUCACUGUCCUCCAUUACUCUACAGGGGCCGAGGCCAGAAACGCAGCACCGGCAACACUCUUACACGGCAAUCCAGAAGGGAGAACCUGAUUGAUUCUAAAUGCUCAAAUUGAAGAAACCCGAUUACCCGGUUGCCAUUGCAACCAAAACCAAGUUCGAGGACAGCGAUGAACACGAAUCUUCCUCUUCUGAACAUGAGGAUAGCGAUGAGCAUGAACUGUCGUCUUCGGAAGAUGAGGAGCAAGAGAUAGAGCGGGAGUUGGCGGGUGUGACAUUCGAACAAUUGCAAAAGGCGCGUUCAGAUGGGUCGCAUUCGGCGUAUAAAAUGCCAAAUCAAGAAAAGAAAACUGGGCGGGCGAACAAGAAUAGGCCAAUGGAGGCAAGUUGCAAGAAGCCGGUUGGAAGGCUUAGAGAGGUGGUUCAAAUUCCUAAGAAGGUUGUACGUGACCCCCGUUUUGAAUCUUUAUGUGGUACAUUUGAUGAUAAGCAGUUUAGGAGCAAAUAUAAUUUUCUGUUCAAGAAAUAUCUUCCUGAUGAAAUAAAGGAAGAAGAGAAGAAAUUAUCCAAAUCCAAGGAUCCAAUUGCCGCCAACAGAUUUGAACACAGCAUCACUUGGAUGAGAGGUAAUCUUCCUGCUGAAAGAGAGAAAUUGCGGAAGCAAUUAGCAAAAUCAAAUGAGCCAGAAAUCGUUGGUGAAUUAAAGAAACACAUCUCUUGGAUUGAUAAGCAAUUAAAGUCCGAGUCCAGUCAGCAUACUGAUUCUGCAAUUCUGGCUGAGCACAAGAAGAAAGAAAGAGAAGCAGCAAAGAAAGGGAAACAACCAUUUUAUCUCUCAAAAAGUGCAAUCCGAAAGCAAAAGCUUAUUGGAAAAUUUGAAGAUCUCAAGGCUUCUGGCAAGCUUGACUCCUUUAUUGAGAAAAGAAGAAAGAAGAAUGCUGCAAAGGACCAUAGAUACAUGCCAUAUCGCAGGUCCAACAACAGUGAGCAACAAAAUUAAUGGUCUCGCAAGUUUUGGUUGCUUUAGAGAUACAUAUGUAUAUAGAUCCUUCCAUCUUGUUUAAGGUGGCAAACAUCUCCACUUUGCAGGGGCAGUUGGGUUGAGAGUUUUUUGGUCAUCUGAUGCUCCUUUUGGGAGUUGUAGUGCUAUUUAUGAUUCCAUAUUUUUGUCUAUGCGGUUUAGAUUUCCUUUUGCUUUGUAAUUUGGACAUGUUUGUAUUUCUAUGAUCUUGUUUAUUUGGUUCUCAUCACAAGUUAGAUUGAUCAAAGAAGCAUAAUAAAUUUUAUUUCAGAA